AUGGUGAUGCUCUCCUACUAUGCCAUAAAGGAAAAUAAACGUAUUAUAUUUUUUAAGAGAAAAUAUGAGCACGUGCUCAAGUUUACUAUGUCUGGGAUGGCAUCUGAUGAUGCACCUGCCCAAGUGAGUGUUGAAGGAGAUGUUUCAGAUAAAAAAGUAGAAGAAGUUCAAGACCAGAAUGAAGUGGGUGGGAUGCCCUCACGACAAGAGGAGGAGGCGGUAAUUAAGAAAAAGUAUGGAGGAAUAUUACCCAGAAAGACUCCACUUAUAUCUAAGGACCAUGAACGAGCUUACUUUGAUUCUGCUGAUUGGGCUCUAGGAAAGCAAGGUGGUGUUCCCAACAAACCUAAAGGUCCUCUUGAAGCACUUCGACCGAAGCUUCAGCCUACUCAACAGAAUGCCCGUGCCCGUCGAACUUCUUAUGCAUCUGCGGACAGUGAUGAGACUUUGAACUUGUCUCCUGAGGAUCUGGUCCCGCAAGGAGAACUCGUCGAGGACAAGAACAAAGAAUAA